AUGAGCCAGAGGAACGCACAUCCUGGCCUGAGGGGGCACAGGAGCAGGCCCCGGCGGCGCGGGUCCACUGAGAGCUGGAUUGAAAGAUGUCUCAACGAAAGUGAAAACAAGCGUUAUUCCAGCCACACAUCUCUGGGGAAUGUUUCUAAUGAUGAAAAUGAGGAAAAAGAAAAUAACAGAGCAUCCAAGCCCCACUCCACUCCUGCUACUCUGCAAUGGCUGGAGGAGAACUACGAGAUUGCAGAAGGAGUGUGCAUCCCCCGCAGCGCCCUCUACAUGCAUUACCUGGAUUUCUGUGAGAAGAAUGAUACCCAGCCUGUUAAUGCUGCCAGCUUUGGGAAGAUCAUAAGGCAGCAGUUUCCUCAGUUAACCACCAGGAGACUCGGGACCCGCGGACAGUCAAAGUACCAUUACUAUGGCAUCGCAGUGAAGGAAAGCUCCCAAUAUUAUGAUGUGAUGUAUUCCAAGAAAGGAGCCGCCUGGGUGAGCGAGACAGGCAAGAAAGAAGUGAGCAAGCAGACGGUGGCGUAUUCACCCCGGUCCAAACUUGGAACAUUGCUGCCAGAAUUUCCGAAUGUCAAAGAUCUAAAUCUACCGGCCAGUCUGCCAGAGGAGAAGGUUUCUACCUUUAUUAUGAUGUACAGAACACACUGUCAGAGAAUACUGGACACAGUAAUAAGAGCCAACUUUGAUGAGGUUCAAAGUUUCCUUCUGCACUUUUGGCAAGGAAUGCCGCCCCACAUGCUGCCUGUGCUGGGCUCCUCCACGGUGGUGAACAUUGUCGGCGUGUGCGACUCUAUCCUCUACAAGGCUAUCUCCGGAGUGCUGAUGCCCACCGUGCUGCAGGCGCUACCUGACAGCUUGACUCAGGUGAUCCGGAAGUUUGCUAAGCAGCUGGAUGAGUGGCUAAAAGUGGCUCUCCAUGACCUCCCAGAAAAUUUGCGAAACAUCAAGUUUGAAUUGUCAAGAAGAUUUUCCCAAAUCCUGAGACGGCAAACAUCACUAAAUCACCUUUGCCAGGCAUCUCGAACAGUGAUCCACAGUGCAGACAUCACGUUCCAAAUGCUGGAAGACUGGAGGAACGUGGACCUCAACAGCAUUACCAAGCAAACCCUUUACACCAUGGAGGACACUCGUGAUGAGCACCGGAAGCUCAUCAUCCAGUUGUAUCAGGAAUUUGACCACCUCCUGGAGGAGCAGUCUCCCAUCGAGUCCUACAUCGAGUGGCUGGACACCAUGGUGGACCGGUGUGUUGUGAAGGUGGCUGCCAAAAGACAAGGAUCCCUGAAGAAGGUGGCCCAGCAGUUUCUCUUGAUGUGGUCCUGUUUUGGCACAAGGGUGAUUCGGGACAUGACCUUGCACAGUGCCCCCAGCUUCGGGUCUUUUCAUCUGAUUCACUUGAUGUUUGAUGACUACGUGCUGUACCUGUUAGAAUCGCUGCACUGCCAGGAGCGGGCCAACGAGCUCAUGCGGGCCAUGAAGGGAGAAGGAAGCACGGCAGAAGUCCGAGAAGAGAUAAUCCUGACAGAGGCUGCCCCACCAACCCCUUCACCUGUGCCGUCAUUUUCUCCAGCAAAGUCUGCCGCGUCGGUGGAAGUGCCGCCCCCCUCCUCCCCUGUCAGCAACCCAUCGCCUGAGUACACUGGCCUCAGCACUACAGGAGCCAUGCAGUCGUACACGUGGUCUCUAACGUACACGGUGACAACAGCGGCAGGGUCCCCGGCUGAAAACUCUCAACAGCUGCCCUGUAUGCGGAGCACGCACGUGCCUUCCUCUUCGGUCACACACAGGAUACCAGUUUAUCCCCACAGAGAGGAGCACGGAUACACGGGCAGCUAUAACUAUGGGAGCUAUGGCAACCAGCAUCCUGCCCCGAUGCAGAGCCAGUACCCAGCGCUCCCACACGACACGACCAUCUCAGGACCGCUGCACUACCCCCCGUACCACAGGAGCUCCGCACAGUACCCUUUUAAUAGCCCCACUUCCCGGAUGGAACCUUGUCUGAUGAGCAGUACUCCCAGACUGCAUCCUACCCCAGUCACCCCCCGAUGGCCAGAGGUGCCCACAGCCAACACGUGCUACACAAGCCCGUCCGUGCAUUCCACGAGGUAUGGAAACUCUAGUGACAUGUACACACCCCUCACCACGCGCAGGAAUUCUGAGUACGAGCACAUGCAACACUUUCCUGGCUUUGCUUACAUCAACGGAGAGGCCUCCACAGGAUGGGCUAAGUGA